CCUGUCCAUGCAAUGUAGAAUGUUUGUGUUUUUCCUGCGAUUUGACAAGAAGUGACGGGACAAUCGAUCCCGGUAGCGACUACGCGAGCGUGACGAAUUAAUUCACUUCAGUUUGCCCGUAAUUACGCAGAUGUCGGGGCGAUAUCAACGCCGCUCGAUUAAAAAACUUUCCGUCGUAUGUCACACUCGCGAGCGUCAUGGCGGACCAGCACCUCUCUUGGGCGAUGACGACUCUCCUCUUCUUGUUACGCAGCAGACGCGCUACGAAAUGCGUCGUAGCGGUCUACGUAGUCGCCAUAUUGACCGGUUACGGGUACUCGGCGUACGGCAAGCAGACGAAAUUGUACGACCAAGUAAACCCGGUCGUCAGGGUGAUCGACCACGCCGCUCACGUCAUUCUCACGGUUUCCAACUUGACGGUUGCGCUGCAAGUUGCACGUUUUCGAAAGCUUUGCGACGUGCUGCGCAGCACCGUGAUCGAUGGGAAGCGACGAUCGCGGCCCCGCGACAAGAGCCGAUCGGUCGCCACUUUCGUAGCCGCAUUCGACUGCUUCAUUUUCGUCCUGUUGGUCGGUGACGUCGUGUUCCUGCUACGAGCUGUCGGUUUCGCCUUCCUGCGGUACUACAUUGCCAGAGACGUGCAGUUUUACAUGUUCCACGUGUCGCUGCUGUUGGUGAUGGAGGUGGGCAUCAAGAUCGCGGCCAAAUUUCGAGACCUCAACGCGUCGCUGACUCGAAUAGAAGAGCGGUACUUCAGCGUCGACGCCGUCAGGGUCACCGAUAGGGUUCUCCUAUCUAGGGGCAAAAAAAUGGUGUGCGUGUAUGACCCGGACGCUUUUUUGUCGGGGUUGACGCGACUCGAGGCCCUCCACAAUGAACUCUGCAACGUGGUCGACCAGUACAACGAGCGGUUCGGCAUCGUGCUGCUGUUCGCUGUGAUGUACAUAGUCGCCAACAUUUUGUGGGACGUUACCGUCAUAAUGGAGUAUUUUAUAAGGAACACCCGGAUCGGAGGAACCUACAUCGGUUACACGGUGUCCAUAAACUAUGGGGCUUGGAUUGUGGCCUCCUUGGGGCAAACCAUAUUGAUGGCCCACGUGGGACACCUUCUGAGGACUGAAAACCAAAAGACCGUCGUUUAUUGUUACAGCUUUUUAAACAAGUUACCGAUAGAUACCAACGAAGGGAUCAUCACGAUGGUUAGGAGCAAACUGCUCUUGUUGGCCGAACAAGUGAGGAGGAGACAUCCCUUAAUUAAAGCCGGAGGAUUUAUCCCUGUAGAUUUGGGCAUCCUUAACGUGGUAGUGUCGAACGUCGCCACCAAUACGAUCGUCGCAGUACAAUUUUUAUUUAAACUGUAAAUCCGCACCCACUUCGCUAGUAGGGCAUUUCUGUCAUCCAAAAAUCACUAAAAAUCACUACGGAACAGUGAAUAGUAGCUUUCGUUAGCAGAAAUUGCAACUAACUUACGCGAUGCACCAACCUUUGCAGAAAUAUAUUAAGGUAAUGAUAUACAGUGACGCAUUACAUAUUGGAAUUUUACUGACGACAGUUGUGCAAAUCGUUUACUCUUUUUAAAGCCAACAUUGUAUUAUUUUUUUGUUACCUAUUUUUUAUGCAUUGUAAACGUUUAUACGGGUUUUCAAAUUUUUGAUUUUUAGACUAAACUAAUGAAUAUUGUUCACAGUUUAACCUUUGAUUACGGAGAUUCAACUUUAAAGUUAGUGGAGCAUUUAGUAAGUCAUUUGCAAUCUCAAUGACUCGAUAUUUUGAUCGAAAUUAUUUCCUCUUUCUCUAGAACUCUGACGAUGCUGAUGAAAUUGAUAACAAUAAAUACCCGCUAUUCACUGAGCUCCAUUAUGUUUUAUUGCUCAAUUUACGUUUCCAUCAAGGGCUACCUUUUAUAUUUCUGGAUUUGUAAUAAAAAACUAUAAGCUACCAACAAAUACAACUUUAUUGGUUCUCAAAAUAUUCACCCUGCUGAUCAAUACAUUCUUGCAUUCGAUAAAACCAAUCAUCAAAGCACUUUUUCCACAUCGAGUCGGGCACCUCCAAAACAUGCUUUUUAAACGCACCAAUCGCUUCUUCUGGUAUCAAAAAUCUUAGCCCACGAAAUUUGUUCUUAAUGUAUAGCAAUAAAAAGAAGUCAUUAGGUGCUUAAUCAGGACUACAUGGUGGAUGGCUCAUCAAAUCAACGUGUUUAAUGCUCAAAAAGCUCUUUGUUUGCACUGAUCGGUGAGAGCUAGCAUUGUCGUCUUCGGCCGUUAGUUUUUCCAAUUUCUUCGAAGACUUUCGGCAUACAAAUGGUUAUGUACCAUUAAGAAUUGGUUGUUCUACUUUUUACAAAAAAAUCGUUGCAACCCGGCCAGUUUUCCUGAAAAAACAAGCUACCAUUUGUUUCGAGAUGCUUCGCACACGAACAACUUUUGUGGACUUCCAUGAUUCAUCACCUGUUACGAUAUCAUAAACGUGUUUGGAAGCACCGUGAUCGUAUGUUUUUAGCAGUUCCUUCGACCAAUCAACACGAGCCUUUUUUUGAGCUGAUGUCAAAUUGUGUGGAAUCCAACGCGAACAAUUUUUUUUGCUGCAAAAUGUUCAUGCAAAAUUGUAUGUAUGCUGGUCCCACUAAUAUCCAAAGAUACCUCAAUCUCAUGGUAAGUCACACGACGAUCCUGCAAAAUCAGUUUCCGCACUGCAUGAAGGUUUUCUGGGACAACCGUUUUGGGAAUUCAUCCUUAAAAAAACUACGACGCCGACUGAAGUCCGAAAACCAGCGAUAAAUAGUAAGUCCUAGAUGGUGCUUUAACUCCAAAAGUCGAAUUAAGUUCAUCGAUGCAUUGUUGUUGAGUUAGUCCAUGUCUACAGUUGUAAAAAAUUAUUGCACGAAAAUGCUCUAGAUUAUGUUCCAUUAUUAACGGUCACAUUUUUUUUAUUUAUCACAAAAAGCACCAACACUCCUUCGCCAAAAUCUAACUGAGUAAACCUAACCUCAAAAUGUCAAACUUCCCUAUAAAAACGUUAGUCGCCAGAUGGCAGGGCUAGUUUUAAAAAAUCCCGAAAUAUAAAAGACAGCCCUCGUAUUAGAUUUACCUAUAGCAGUUUGUUGAAUGCGUAUGCUUCUUUCUCAUCUAUCAUCGUUUAAUAAAAAAUCAUCUUUAAAGAUUUUUAUUUCAAUUUGGUCAAUAUUUUACUAAACCAUUCAAUUUUUUGUUACUAUAACUUACGUCGUAGAUAACAAUAAAAUUAGGACAUGUUACAAAAACAAUUUUGAGCUGUAACGUUUAGGUUAAAUACCCUGCAUCGCACUAAUGAGCAAAAUUUUACCAAAGCAUAUUUGGUUCUGUGUCAAUUUAGGAUUGCUUGAGGAGGAGGAUUGUACUGAGAGUUUCAUGCUGCUGGCAGAGACAUUUCGUUCGUACCUGUUUGUUAUCAGUGUUUGUUAUAUGUGUUAUUGCUUGUAUUGUUAAGUUUGAAUCUUAUUGACAAAAGUGAACCUUACGGAUGUAACGAAACCGAAAAAGACAAGGAUAACGGGCUGAUAAUAACUAAUCAUAAUCGAUAUUUACAAUUUUACUGCGCACUGGACACCGACGAAAGCUUUUAAUCCUUAUUAAGACACGCAUAUGGAAAUAAGUAUUAAUUGCUCCAAUUUUUCGUUAUCGCGUU